AUGAGCUUUCAGAGCUCAGGUAUCAAAGAAAAUAUCCAACUGUCACAAACCACUCUUGAUACGGUGAAAGAUCUGGCCGAUUUGCUGCACGUCGAUUUAACACCUGAUCAGUUGCUAGUUUGUGUUGAGAUUAUUCGUCGUGGUGGUUCACCUGUCGGCUUACAUCAGGCAAUCAAACGAUUUUCCAAUCAGGUUUCUUGCAAAAAUCACAGGAUCGGCCGCUCAACAACAUCAAAAUUAGCCAUGUCAAACGAUCGCAGUGCACCGUUUCGCCAUCGUCGUAUAUCACCAAUCCCGUUCCUGAUGGAUUCGUCUCCGAAUGAAUCUGGUCCAACAUCUCCGCUAGAGCACGAGCCAACAUUCGAUCCAAGGCAUUCAUUACGCGCGGAAUGGGAUGCCGAAAGUGAAGUGAUGAAUGAUAUUAUUGUUCCGCCAGAAAUGGAUCGUUUCAUCAACAUCAGCAUUGAACAUUCAAACUCAAGACCCUGGACAACGGGUGAGAGUUCAGUGGAUAGUGACGAAUGGCUUCAACGGGAAGCUCGAAAUCCAGCCACAUCAAUUGGUGAUCUUCAAACCACUACUACUGAACAAGUUUCUUCGACAAGUCGUUCAGUUGGGACGGGAGGAGGUGAAUCGAGUACGGUUAGCGAUACGGGUGCAACUGGAGGGUCACCUUCAAGUGAAGCGUUGUUACCGGGCAAUGUGGACGAUGGUGCUACAACGAUGCCACCGAUGUUGUCGGUGAACGACGAGAACGGAGACGAUGAAACUCGGAUUGAGGAGGGUGCGGAUAUAGUGAUAGGAGGAGGUGAUGCACAGCCGGAUAAUAAUCCAAGUCAUAGCACUAGCUUAUCGUCGAUACAGACGAACGAUUUCGAUGAGGAGGACGCAGAUGUGGAUACGGUUGUUGGAGAGGAGGUCAUGCAUACACCAACAAACCUGAUGGCGAUCAGUAACGAUCACCAUGAGAAUGACAGACCUCCAGACUCACCUCCAUACUUGAGUCCAACGUUCUUUUCGUUGGUGUAUGAUAAUGAUGUUGAUAACAAUCACAUACGGCCAUCACCAACCCCAUUGCGUAGGGUUCGGCUUGGUUUAGAGAAUAUCACUGAACGGGAGAACAGUUCGAUAGAUACCACUUCAGUAACGCCACGAUCAAGAGAGCGCCUGCGUGCCACACACCGCAAUCCAUCAUCAUUCUCUGGCAACGAUCAACCCCCUCCGCUAAAAUUACCAUCAAAUACCCGUCUCAAACUCACAAUCAAGAAAUGGAAUGUUGCGGCAAGUUGGAAAUGGACAGCAGGAGAUGAGACUUGUGGUAUUUGCAGAAUGCCUUUCGAGGCAUGCUGUAUCGAGUGUAAAACGCCGGGCGAUGAAUGUCCAUUGGCGAUUGGAAAUUGUAAGCAUGCGUUUCAUAUGCACUGCAUUGUGAAAUGGACCGAAACGCAGAAUACACCCCGUCCACAGUGUCCACUGUGUCGACAGGAAUGGAAGUUCGCUGCUGGAUAG